AUGUUUUUUGUGUUAUGGUUAAUUUUGCCACAAACGCAGGGAGCUAUUCUCUUAUAUAAUUCAGUAGUGAAACCAACUUUUACAGAUCAUGAAGAGGAAAUUGAUUCAGCAUUAUGGAUCGCACGAGAACGAGCAAAGACCACUGGCAUGAAUUGGGCUAAAAGAGGGAUGCAAACAUUACAGCAAGCAUGGAUAGAGGGAUAUCAAAAGCAUGACAAUAACAAUAAUAAUUCCAGUGAAACAAAUAAUCAAAGUUUAGGGUUAAAUGGAUAUUUACAACAAGGGCGCGCAAUAUCAUACAAUCUAAUAUCACUUUUUUACACUUCAGCAUUAUCAUCUCUACAACAGCAGUCGAAUGACGCAAACAAUCAUGAGCCACCAUCACCCACAAUAUAUUCAGCACAUCCGGUAAACACGAUAUUGCCCGAUGAUGUGUUCGAUGCGUCAGUCAGUGAACAACAAGCAUAUCUACAAGAACAGCGUAAGCAAUUGGAAAUGAUGCUACACAACCUUGAUCAGGUUGAACAAGAAAUUCAACAACGAGAAGAACGCGCUAAUUCGUCACCAUCUUCGUCUUCUGCUGCUGCAACACCAUCAUCCACUUUUUACUCAACCGCACCGCCAACACGAACCUUUGUUCCCGAUGAUUACUACAGCAGCGGCAGCAUCAUAAAUAAUAGUGCAGGAGGAGGAAGGGUUCGACGGCGCCAAACUAAGGUAAAUAAUAACCGUAAUAAAAACGCAUCUCUGCAUUCUGACGUUGAAGAUGGUGAACGAGAUUUUGAAAGCGUGGCACGCGAGAAUGAUAACGCAGAUACCUAUGGCUCCUCUAAUAAUGAUAGAUUAUCACAAGAUCGAGAAUUUCGAAGACAACAAACUCAAGCACUUGGGCUUACUAGCUAUUUAACUGGAUAUUUUUCAAGGGCUUCUGCGUCGUCAUCUACUUAA